CGAUGAGUGUCUUCCUAGUAUCUGGUUGAUCUUAUCUGUCCAGCACAGUAAAAGAAAACUCAAUUUUCCUCUGCAGAAAUUUUUUUCCCCACCCAGCAUAAAGCCGCUAAUCCCCCCUUAGGUUAGACACAAGCCCAGCAUGAUGCAGAUAGAUGCGUAAUCUUGUGUUGCGCUGUUUAUGGUAUACUGUCUGUAAUUCAUGCUAUGGUAAACUGCCCUGGUUAGUUUGUAUGUCUAGCUGUAGCUGUCCUGUUUAGGGUUCGUUAUUAUGUAAUUCCUUCUUGAUGACACCAAAUGGAAUACUAUUGAAGCGCAAAUUAUUACUAAGGUUUCUUUAUGCUUAGUAUGCUGUGGUUUAAUCUAUCUAAAGCCAGGCCUAAUUGUUUAAGUGCCCAGCCUUAAAAGUAAAAAAAAUAAAAAAUUCUCUCGGCUUCCAGAAUGUGAACUAUGAGGCAAUGGGCCCAGAGUGUCCUGUUGCAUGCUGGGAUAGUGUCAGGCCUACCUAUAAAAUCAGCAAUGGACUUUACCCAAGUAUGCCAAAGCAGGAAGUUGGUGAUCCACCUUUGCUCUUCGAGUCUGUUAUGCGCCUUGGGAUGAGCGUGGGACGACAGAGCUUGGCUUUGAGGACAAAACACGCCGAGCGGUGAGCUUAGGUACGUGGAAGACGGCCAGGAAGCCAGGAUGUACUGGGACGAAUUCCGUCACGACGAGCCGAGAUUCAAUGAUGCCUUGCUGCAGGACAGCAAAAUUCCCCUGGGGGAGCCAUCUUCACAGAAUUCCAUCUUCACCCGGCCCAGUGGCAAAUUCAUCUAUAGACAGAGGAAGGAGUUUGGGGAGUUCAUACAGAGGCAGCCAGGCCAGUUUCAGCAUCGAGUGGAGCACCUGCUUAUAUGCGAGCUGGAUGGCAGGGAGGUAUGCACUCUGGAUGACUGCGUGACCCGUCUGCAGAUGAUGAAUGCCAAGGGCCAGGUCUGGGGGCAAGAGAUGACGUUGGUUAUCCAUGAUAACAGCCUGCAGAUGAUCGAUAUAGAGACUAAGGAAAUACUUGAGUCUUUGGCUCUGGGCACCAUUACAGACACAAUGGCUGUGUUGGGCCGCUGUGUCUACAGCUCUCUGCUGCUGGUUGUAGUGCAAACAAGCCACCAGGGGGCGCCCACUGUCUUCCUGUUCCAAUGUGAAGAAACUGGGGCAGAUUACGUCCGGAUUGACUUAGAGCGGGUCAUCAAGCAGUGGUGGGCAAGCAAGGAACUCCAGAACAGCAUGAGUGACCGUCCAGAAUCUCCUGUACCUAAAUCCACAAUGACUGACAAAUUAAUGGAACAUCCAAUCACUUUCAGCGGAGUGCAUACAUGUGACCCAAGUUGGUCUCCAAACAGACAGAAAGAUUCAGAAAGUUUCCAGGACAUAAGACAUCCUCUACCACAAUGGCACCAGCCAGAUUAUGAGAACAGUUACACACCCCCUGCCACAACAAGCUAUGCUCAGCCCCAGCCAGCAGAACGGGAGCCCCCCCUGCCAGUCAGAUACACAGAAACCGAGCGGAACGUGGACAUCCUCAACCAUCUGCUGGGUGACCUGGAGAUCUUCAUGGGUCGGCUGGCAGCAGUUCUUCCAAAGGUCGCGAAAAACAACAUGAAAAAUAUGAUGAAGAAGAAGAAGAAAAGCAAAGCAGUCAAAGGAAUACCUCCACAGGAAGAAUAUAUAUCCUGUCUACAUAAGGUCAAAUUCGGAUUCAACCUCUUGGGGAAGCUGAAUGGGCUGAUCCAAAACCCCAGUGCUCAGGACUUCGUCCACUCUCUCUUCUCCAUCCUGAGCUUUAUAGUGCCACACUACCCCUCAGAGGUGCCACCCACUAUUGUAGCUCCUCUGCUCACCGAGCAGACCAUCCGGCUCCUCAGCGAGGAGGCCACUGCUGAGGAGGACCAGCUUUGGCAGUCCCUGGGGGAUGCCUGGAACAUUCCCAGCUCUGCGUGGCCAGAUGAGGAUACGGCCCCUCCUUACACCCCAGAGUUUACUGAUGGUUGGCAGCCUCCAUCAGUAGUCAAUGAGAGCCAGGCCACGCCCCUAAAGAAAGGACCCGGCCAACAACAGAACGCCGGCUUCCGUAGCUCAGCACCAAUCAGUGCUGCUGAGGGAUCUUCCCAAUACAUGCGUGCAAUGUAUGACUUCACGGGCAGAAAUGACCAGGAGUUGAGUGUCUUGAAGGGCGAUGUGUUACAGGUGCUGGACCAGUCCAAGCAGUGGUGGAAAGUACGGAAUGAUAAGAAAAAGGAGGGUUAUGUGCCCAACAACCUACUGGAAUACAUGGAAGCAGAACCUGUCCAGAACGAAGCCUUGCAGGAAACAUGGUCUCCUGCGGCUCUCACCAAAAGGUCCAAACCUGAGGAUGUGAAGGCCUGGCUGGAAGGCAGGGGAUUCUCACCAGUAACGGUGCGCUGUCUGAGUGUGCUCAAUGGGUCCCUGCUCCUGGGGAUGACCUGGGAGGAGCUAAAGACCAUGUGUCCUGAUGAAGGGGGGCGGGUCUUCUCCCAACUUCAGGCUGUUAAGACUGCCCUGGUGUGAGGAGCAUGGGCAGAAGGAAGGAAGACACAUGAGGAUGACCUAGAUCUUUAAUUGAGGUUCUAUCACAGCUGACAUGGUGGGAAGAGGACACGUUAUGCCAGUGGCUUUGGGCCUGCAAGUUCCCAAGUUCCCAAAAGCCCUGGCUCCAGAGUCACUGUAACCUGUGUGUGUGUGUGUGUCUGUAACCUGAGCGUGUGUGAUCAGAUCUGUGCUGUGGAGAUAUGGAACAAAUCCCUGGGCUGUUUUUUUGUGGAAAAUGUCACAAAGUGUAUAAUUGGAAGAAGCUUCAAUUAAAAAUUCUCGACCUACAA